UUGAAGGAAGUGAGAGAGAGAGAGAGAGAAAGAGAGAGAGAGAGAGAGAAAGGAAAAAAAAGGAGCGGAGCAGCUUGACGCAUUAGGUUAUAAUACUCGAUGGAGUAAUUCGGUUUUCUUUUCUACGCGAAUAUUGGCUCGUCGCCGUCGGCUCGGACGAGGAGGCGAGCGUCGGCAGUGAUCAACAAUGCGACAAUGAGACUCAACGAGCUUCUCGCGAUCUGUGUCGUGUUACAGUGCUUAUACGGAGUAUGCACCACACACUUGCUCAUAAACGUCAAAAAUCAGGGCGGUGAUAUUCUUUUAGAAACAAUCUCGUCUAAUGUUACGGAAGAUCUGAUCACUCUCGAAUUCCAACGUUCCGAUGGCACACUGGUCACGCAACUCAUUGAUUUCAAAAAUGAAGUUCAAGUUAUAAAAGCCUUAGUACUUGGUGAGGAGGAACGUGGGCAAAAUCAGUAUCAAGUCAUGUGUUUCGUGAACCAUUUUUACAAAGUAGAUUUUAUAUCGUCUGACGCGAUGUCUAAACUACGUCAGAAGAAUCCAGGUACCGUACGCGUAGCGGAGGAGGACAAAGGUCAUGUCAAUUACACAAUGGACUUGUUUCUGGACGUUUCUCAGUCCAAGGAAAUUUCGAAGCACGUUACCACACUUUGUGCGGAAGCAGCUGGAUCGACAUACACCAGAAACGACGACAUAAAACAGUGGAUUCAAAGACCAGGUUCCUCGGAAGAGUUGCUUAUGGCAGCUGUAUAUAACUUCACAAAUGUGCCGCAAUCGGGCAUGAAUGACACAAGGUCAUUAUUGGUGUCUAAAUGUGCUGACACGUCAAAUCUUUGGGCACCUUGCACAUGCUCCCUCGAAUUAUGUAUCGGCUGGUAUCCGUGUGGUCUAAAAUUUUGCAAAGGGAAGACAGACGGCAAAAAGGUAGCAAGCACUUAUCGAUGUGGCAUAAAAACAUGCAAAAAAUGUUUUAUAUUCUCAUACUAUUCUAAAAUGAAACAGAACUGUUUAUGGGAUGAAUGACAUAUAAGAACACUAUAGAUUAAAAUUUUGAACAUGAACUUAUAGACAGUUGUUGCAGUGCAAUAGAAAAAAAGAA